CUGCUGGUCUCACUUCCUAGAGGGAAUCAGGCCAUGGCUUGGAUCCUGCUUCUGCUGCUGUCAGCUGCAUGCCUGCAAGCUGGUUACUCCACAGGAUCUAACAGAGUAAAUGGCUUUGGGGUCAACCAACCAGCACGCCUCUCUGGUGUCCAGGGCAGCUCCAUCGAGAUCCCCUUCUCCUUCUACUUCCCCUGGGAGUUGGCAGAGGAUCCACAGAUGAAGAUUCUCUGGAGAUGGAAGAAAUUCCGUGGGGAAUAUAUCUACAACUCCUCCUCGGGUUUCAUACAUAAGCAUUUCAAGAACCGGCUCAGCCUGAACUGGACACAGCCUCAGACAUCCGGAGUCCUCAGAGUCCUGAACUUGAAGAAGGAGGACCAGACAGUGUACUUCUGCCGAGUUCGUCUGAACACAAGACAUGGCGUGGAAGAGUGGCAGCCUGUUGUAGGGACCCAACUCACCAUCACUCGUGGGUCAUUGCUAUUGGGGGAAAUGGAAUUGGCAUUGGAGGAGAUGGAUUGCAGCAGCCCCCAAGACCACCUCUGCAAGCCCCACCACUGCAACUUCUGCACUCACCAGAACUGCCCUCACAGCCACAGAAGGGAAGAAGAGCAGACAGAAAGAGAGCCUGGGUCUGGGAACCACAGUUGGGUUGGCAGUGGCUGCUGCUGUACUCCUGGCUGGGGUUUUGGGAUUGAUAGUGUUCCUCAGGUGGAGGAGAAGGAAAGGACAGGGGACCAAAGCCGAAACCCCAGCCAGGGACCUCACGAAAACACUGAGGAUGUUGAACCUGAAGGACAAUAUGUGAACCCCAAAGAGAACCCCAAGGAUAACAACAUCGUGUAUGCCUCCAUUGCCCUCUCAAGUCCAGUCUCCUCAAGAACACCAUCCUUUCAGCCUGUCCAUGAAGAUCCCCAAGAAGAGACUUUGUACUCCAUUGUAAAGGCCAAAUGA